CUUAGAUUAAAUUUUGGAACACCAUGCAUUGUUUUCCAUGUUUCUCUACGCCAAAGAGUAAAAAAUCUCCAACUAGGAAUGAGACCAACGACAAUGAAAGCAGACCACAUGCAAACGAGAAUAAACAUGCAGAAGAAGCAGAGCAAUUGGAAGAAACGACGUUGAAGACGUUCACUUUCCGAGAACUAGCGACGGCGACAAAGAAUUUCCGGCAAGAAUGUUUGUUAGGAGAAGGUGGAUUCGGUAGGGUUUACAAAGGAACCCUUCAACCUACUGGCCAGGUAGUGGCUGUAAAGCAACUAGACAAGCAUGGACUGCAUGGGAACAAGGAGUUUCAAGCAGAGGUCUUGUCAUUAGGCCGACUCGAUCAUCCCAAUCUUGUUAAGCUUGUAGGAUACUGUGCUGAUGGAGAUCAAAGGCUUUUGGUCUAUGAUUAUGUCACUGGAGGUUCUCUCCAAGACCAUCUUCAUGAGCUAAAAUCAGACCGUGGACCAAUGGAUUGGACGACAAGGAUGCAGAUAGCGUAUGGCGCAGCGCAAGGGCUUGAUUACUUGCAUGAUAAAGUGAAUCCACCCGUGAUAUACCGUGAUUUGAAAGCUUCAAAUGUUUUGUUGGACGAUGACUUGUGUCCUAAGCUUUCUGACUUUGGCCUGCAUAAGCUAGGACCAGGGACGGGUGAUAAGAUGGUGGCUGUAACUUCUCGUGUAAUGGGAACUUAUGGUUACUCCGCUCCUGAGUAUACACGAGGAGGAAACCUCACCUUGAAAUCAGAUGUCUAUAGCUUUGGAGUUGUGUUGCUUGAGCUCAUCACUGGUCGAAGGGCUCUUGAUACUACUAGACCUAAUGAUGAACAAAACUUAGUUUCUUGGGCACAACCACUGUUUGGAGAUCCAAAGAGAUACCCUGAUAUGGCAGAUCCAGUUCUUGAGAAUAAAUUCUCAGAGAGAGGGCUAAACCAAGCAGUGGCCAUAGCUUCAAUGUGUGUACAAGAGGAGGCAACAACUCGUCCUCUGAUAAGCGAUGUAAUGGUUGCACUUAGCUUCCUUUCCAUGUCUACAGAAGACGGUGUUCCCACAACUGUUCCUAUCCUAUCCUUCAGGGACAAGAGCAUGUCUAUAGCCUUAAGCCGACAUGAUUCAGAUCUUGCAUCUUCUAAACUAGCAGUAGAAGAUGAAAAGUCUAGUACAUCAUCAGACAAAGAAUCAUCUGUGGACAGCAUGAAGGAGAGAGUAAUCAAACGUGAGGAGGAAGAUAGCUCGAGCGAAUCUGAUGAUGGGUCUGGUUCUAACUCGGAUGAAGAACAUGAAGAGGAUCGAAACAGUUCAUCAACAGAGGCUAUUGAUGAGAAGAACCAGGCGCAGAGCUUGAAGAUAAACUAUAGAUAUAGUUGGGAAGAAGUGGAUGUUAGUGAUGAGAAGCUAAGCAGUAAAGGCAGCCAGAAAUCAAAUGAUGAGAGCAUAUAUUCGUGCUAUGAUAUCGACGUAGACCAUGAUGAUUCACUUAGGAAUAAGGAAAAAAAGGAAGAAGAAAACAUUCACAGCUCAAAAAGUGAUGAUGAUCAAAGUGUUUACUUUGAUGAUGAAUCAGGAGAUGAUAAUGAGAUAUCUUUUCAUCGGAUAAAAUCAGAGGUGGAUGUUGAUUAUGUUGAAGAUGACAGUGGAACUUCUUUGCACCCAGUUAAAUAAAAGGUCUAAAGUGAUUGAUUCUACAUAAGAUUGAAACUUUCUUCAUGGUUUUUUUUUAUUCAUCCCUUAAUGCUAAAGACAAAAGAAUUUGAAUCAUUUGGAGAUUUAUUUUUUGAAAAACACUCUUAGUUAGGAAUAUAAUAUACACUUUGAAGUUUUUCUUUACAAAUCUAUAACCAUUUCUAUUUGUAUAUGAUGAGGAAAUUUUGGAUUGAUAGAUAGCGUACCAAAUGUACAAAUCAGUUGAUCUGAUUAAAACAAAAAAAACAUAGUCAGAAGUUGUGACUUUUAUUAUUACAUACAUAUAUGGUGUUUUGAAAAGUUUAAUGAAACACACUAAAGUGUCAGUCUCCUUUAAGAUAUAGUAUUUUAAACAAACAAAAAAAAAGCAUGUGUGACAUAACAAAGACCUAAAUAUGAAUCUUACCAAAUCAUCAAAUCUUAGCUAUGAUUGUAUGACUAUGAUGAGCAGUAUUAGAUUUUGCGCAUGAAAAAAGAAAGAAAUUAGAUAAAAUUAAGUCUCGUAAAUUAUAUACUUAUCCGAUAGAA